AUGAGAACACUUCUGAUCUUCUUGGCUCUGCUCGUGGCCGUUUAUGCUCAGAGAGGUUUCGAGGGGGAUCAGGUCCUCCGGAUAACACCAAGAGAUGAAGAACAGGCGAGACUAGUGAUGUCCUUGGAGGAUCAGGAGCAUCUCCAGCUUGAUAUAUGGCGCAGUCCCAUGAAGUCUGACCUCAUUAUAGAUAUCCAUGUUCCAGACAGCAGCCUUCAGUCUUUCAAAGUGUUUCUGGAGCACAAUGGUAUUCAGUACUCAGUGAUGAUUGAAGACUUGCAGGUGCUGAUUGAUGAUGAGAAAGCUGAGCUGGAGCAGAUGACCAUGAUGGAACGUACCGCUUCCUCCUUCAGCUACGGCAAAUACCACACUCUGGACGAGGUAUAUAGUUGGAUGGACAGUCUUGCUAUUGAGUAUCCAGAACUGGUAGAGAAGCAACAGAUUGGGACAUCGUUCGAAGGCCGCCCGCUCUAUGUGUUAAAGUUCAGCACCGGUGGAACUGGACGCCCGGCAAUCUGGAUUGACGGUGGGAUCCAUGCCCGUGAGUGGGUCUCUCCUGCCAGUGCAAUCUGGAUGGCGAAGAAGAUCUGCACUGACUAUGGCCAGGAACCUUUCAUCACAUCACUGCUGAGGAAAAUGGACAUCUAUAUGGAAAUUGUGAUGAACCCAGAUGGUUAUGUUUAUACCCACACCAAGAACCGUAUGUGGCGUAAAACCAGGUCCACAGCCCCUGGAAGGAAAUGUGUUGGGGUCGAUGCCAACAGGAACUUUGAUGCUGGGUUUGGAGGUCCCGGAACCAGUAACAAUCCGUGCAUGGAGACGUACCAUGGGCCCCACCCCAACUCUGAACCCGAGGUCGCGGCCAUUGUGAACUUUGUGCGGAGUCACAGAAACAUCAAGAGCUUCAUCACCAUUCACAGUUACUCACAGCUCCUCAUGUUCCCUUUUGGGUACAAGUGUGUGCACCCUGCUAAUUACCAGGAGCUGGAGGCACUUGCUAAAUCUGCUGUCAGCUCUUUAACCUCAUUGUACGGAACACGGUAUAAGGUCGGGUCUAUCUGUGAUGCAAUCUACCAGGCCAGCGGAGGCAGCAUUGACUGGACAUACAACGAGGGCAUCAAGUACUCCUUUGCCUUUGAACUCCGUGACACCGGUCGCUAUGGUUUCAUGCUGCCAUCCAGGCAGAUUCUCCCAACUGCUGAGGAGACUUGGCUGGCGAUGAGGACAAUCAUGGAGAACUCUCGAGACAAC